AGAGCCCGGAGAAGCGGCUAUGCCAAUGAGCAGCGCUUGUUGCCAUGAUGGGAUGCAGGAGCAUCAUCAAAGACUUUGAUUUAGUGAUAGGAGGUGAAGCUGAAGCAAUCUUGAUACUAAGGAAAACGAAACAAAAACAGGACCCACAGCAAUUUCCAGAUGGAACCUUGGGUUCCACCACGGCAGCCCCAUCCACGAGGGAGACACACAACAUGGGCAGAAGGCUAUGACAGGGGUCCAUGGAGAGAAGUCUCCCGUGGCCCUCCACCUCCUCAUUCCAGGCACAACAGUGAGUGGAUGUACCACCAUCAGCCCCGGGCAGGGCCUCAGCCUUGGCCGGAGUCUCGAGUAGAAUACUACCAUCCCACCUACCAUCCAAGGCUACAGGACUAUAGGAGACCAAACUCCAGGGCAGGGUAUUAUGAAAGCGGCCACCCCAACUGGUCAUACUCAAGGCAAGGGUACGAAGAUGUGUAUCGGAGCUCUGCGGACAAUAGCACAUAUGGAGGCUACCAGAGAUCCCCCCAAGUGCAGCAGAAUGAAAGAGAUUCGAGACAGAGGGACACCUGGGGUGAAGGUGCAGAUUCCUGGGACCAGAGUUACUGCAGAGGUUAUCGUCAUGAGGACGGCAGUGGCUUUGUUGGGCAGAACAAUGUGACACCGAUUCGAUCUAAGACGCAUGAGUCCUAUGAAGACAAUUAUGGUUCAAAUAAAGAUGGCUUCUAUGAGGCCAAUUAUAACUCUCCUUUGCAACAAGGCUGGAUUCAGGGUGAAUUCCAAGCGAACUUUCUGGAGAAUGCCAGUGUUCCAGCAUAUGAGCUUCCAUUGCCCGAAGAACCAAGCCUGCUCCAACAGUAUAAAGACUCAGGUCUCAGCUCCAGUAGCUAUGAGCUUAGCCAGUACAUGUAUGAUUCCUCCAACCACUAUGAAGCGGCUCUCUCCACGGACUGGAGCCCAAUUCAAGCAGCAGAAGACACACUAGCUGCUUCUCACCCUGUGGCACCCCAGAAGUUUUCCCUCCCCCAUGUACCUGUAUGCUUUGGAGCUGGAGGGCAGCUCGUCCGAGGAUGUCCUAACUACCCAGCAGAGGGGCAACCUGCCCUUGUUGAAAUACACAGCCUAGAGGUUAUCCUGCAUGAUACUGCUGAGCAGGAGGCCAUGCGAGUCUUCCCAGGACCUCUGAUCAGGGAGGAUCUGCACAAAGUGGACGUGAUGACGUUUUGUCAACGCAGAGCCGCCACGGGCUGUGACCCGGCAUCCAGCCGAGGCAGAGAUUUGGCCUUGCUGUGGAAACUCCUCCUCCUCCUUUGCCGGCAGAAUGGGUCCAUGGUGGGGUCAGACAUUGCUGAGCUGCUGAUGCAAGAGCGCAAGCACCGGGAAAGGUAUAAGAGACAAGAGACCAGGGCCAACCUGAUCAACCUGACAGAUGAGGAGUGGCCGACGGAGGGCUGUGGAACCACGGACCUUCUCACCGGGGAGAUUGUCCCGAGUGCUGGCACACCAGAGCAAAGAGUGGAGAAGUUCACCAAACUCCUCUUCUAUGGCAGAAAGAAAGAAGCUCUGGACUGGGCCAUGAGAAACCAGCUGUGGGGCCAUGCUCUUUUUCUGUCAAGCAAGAUGGACCAGAGGACCUACAGCUGGGUCCUGAGUGGGUUCACCAGUACGCUGGCCACCAACGACCCUCUGCAGACACUUUUCCAGCUCAUGUCUGGAAGGAUACCCCAGGCAUCCCUGUGUUCUGGGGAUGAGAAAUGGGGUGAUUGGAAGCCACACCUGGCUGUUAUCCUGUCCAAUGAAGUGGGAGAUGCGGAGCUGAAUCCCAAAGCCAUCGUCACCAUGGGAGACACGUUAGCUGGGAAAGAGUUAAUAGAAGCUGCUCACUUCUGCUACCUGAUGGCAAAUGUCCCUUUUGGCCACUACGGAGUUAAAGCAGACCGCCUGGUGUUGCUGGGCAGUAGCCAGAGCCAGGUGUUUGCCCAGUUUGCAAGGACAGAAUGUAUCCACAGGACAGAAAUCUUUGAGUACUGCCAGUUGCUGGGGUGUCGUCAAGCAUUCAUCCCCUCUUUCCAGGUGUACAAGCUGAUUUAUGCCUCUCGCCUUCUGGACUACGGUCUCGCUGCCCAGGCCUUGCAUUACUGUGAAGGGGUUGGGAAGGCUCUCCUUGCUCAGAAACAGAUCACUCACCCUGUCCUCCUAGAGCAAGUGAUCAAGCUGGCUGAGCGACUGAAACUCUCUGAUCCAGGGCUGCUGGAGAGGCCUGAACGAGAGGAGAGUCUGGAACCUGAUUGGCUCAUGGAGCUCCGAACCCGACGCCAGCAGUGGGAGGAGGAAGGAGGCCUCCCCAGUGCUACAUCCAGGCAACCAGAGAUCCCCAGAGUUAGUGGAUCAAUAGCAGGUUUGGCUCCCCAUUUUGAAUUUGCACAAAGCCAAAGAUGCACUGAAGAUCUAGAGCAACAUCUUUCUAGCCACCAGUUACCAGUGGACUCAACUCAAUAUCAGUCAGGUGUGGAUCAGAGACUACAUUCCUUUCCUGGAUAUGGACAGCCAUCGGUUGCCGGGUUGGUAACUUGCCUACCAGGCAGUGGGCAGGGCUCCAUAUCCUCUCCAAGUGAGCUUCCAGAUGACCUUUCCUCAAAUCUAUACCAGUCACCAGGGGACACUGUGGAAACCUGUGGGCCAUAUCACAUCCUUGGUGAUCAGAAGAAUGUUCUGGAACAUCAGAACACUUUAAAUGCACGGAACCGGACCGUCUCUGAGAGUUCCACUAUAUCCAUGGUAGAGGAUCCCCCAGGAUCCCCAGAUGGUACAGGGGUGGAAGCCACGUUAGAGAAGCCACCAACAGAGAAUGCAGAACAAGAGCAACCAAAGGCCUCUGGUUCUGGCUGGUUCAGUUGGUUCCGAUCCAGGCCAAAUAAAGACGCAGAACCCUCCAAGAAACCACCAGCUGCUCCUUUGGACUUCCCUGCUCCAGUUUCCCAGGAGAAAGCAGCUCCAUCACCUUUUCUUCCUCCCCCGAGUGAGACAAGGCCUUCAUCCCUUCCUCCUCGUCCUUUCCCUCAACUACCUCACACAGAUGCCAGCCCUUUUUCCAAAAGCUCUUUGGGACCCAAGAGUCCGCCAGGCUAUAGCAGCAGGGAUGGGAUCAUGUUUCAAGAUGCAAGAGGCCAGGCUAGUUUCUCCAAACCUUGUUGCAGCCCUGAUCAGGUGCCUCCACCCCCAAGAGGAGGAGUUCCACUUUUCAAUCCUGCUCAGGUCACCAUGCCAGCAGUCUCUGGUGCCGGCCAUCCAGAACGGAUUUUGCAACGGCACUACCCACAUCUUCCACAAUGAUCAAAAACCUAAGAGAUAUUUCUGCUGCUCUGGUGGGUCAGAAGCCAUCCCCUUGCAUGGAGAUCACAACAGUCUGGUCUGCGAUAGGCAGCUGAGAGCUCCUUAUUUUUUGCUAGCAUUAUAACUCUCUCUCCAAAGGCAAUGAGCAAAAAACUGAGGGGGUGGACAAUUACCUUUCCCACUUUAGGUUGCUCGGUCCCUUUUAAAAAUCUGGUGAAGGAGGUGGUGUGCUGCUGCGACCCUUCUCACUUGUAAUGACGACAAGAUGAAGAUGUCUCAGGUUGAGCCUGUGGAGCCCAAGUGAUAAUAAAAAGGGGGAAAUGAA